AUGGUGCUCGAACACUCGCGUUACCAGGACCCCAGAACCUGGAAAAUGACUCCAGCAAUGAUCAGAGCCAGACAACCCUUUUUCAAGAAAAACUUGGCUGGCUUGGGCGCCCUUCUUCUAGUGACGGGUGGUAUCUACGUUUACACUUACAGAUUUUUGAACAAAGACAACGACUUUGCAGACGUUCCAAUUCCUCCUAUCGACGCCCAAGAGCUCGAAAAACUCAAGAAAGAGUACGAGAAACACAAACAGGAUGCGCGCAAGAAUUGA